AUGUCCAUCAUCCAUCACAGACGAAUCUACACAGUGUCUAUGCGUCGCGAUAUAUUGCGAGUUGAAGAAGGAGGAGAAGAGAAAGUCCCUCCACCACAACUCUCUAUUGAGCAAACCCUAGUUGUGGCCAAAGUUGUUACUGCAUGCCUUAACACAGCUUGUGUAAUAGUCACCACGAAUGAUGCUGGCAGGGACGCGAGGAGCCACAUGAAGCAAGUUGGGAGUCCUCCUAAAAGGUUGCGACGCGAUGUGACUACGCGCCUCAUCCUCAGUCACUUUGACGAGUUUGCCUCCACCCUCACGCACAGUCUUGGAGUGUUGCGAAAGCAGCCACUCCCAUUUACCCUUAAGUUGAAGCCGCAGCUGCAAUCCUUCCACUUACGUCACGAGGGUCGUAUUAUUCAGUUGGGUUUCGACAGCUCCAGUCACUCACUCAUGCUCCCGACUGUAAUGUAUGGUGUCACACGGAGCUUCGAUCUAAGACCAGUGGAUCCCGAUAUUGGCUCACCAGGAUCAAAAAACCAGAUCUCGUACUCACCAAUUCAUGGCUUCACUCCUUUUCGGAAGCGAAAGUUGGAAUUCGGCACUGAAGAUGAAAACCACAAAGCUGCCUCGUGA